ACUUUUUGUUUCUCUCAAUCUUUUCUUCUCUAUUCCUCCGACCAAAAACACCGGCGCCGUAAUUAGUGCAUUUUGACACCAGCAAAAAAAAAAAAAAGAAAAAAAAAGAAGACAAUGGUGCAGUUAGACGGUGAAUUUGAGCAACCAAUAAUCCGAGCGGCGGAGUUGAACGAGGACGAAGAAAUCAGCUACGCGACGAUCUGGAGCGGCGGAUGUGGAAUGACCGGGCCCUGAUGAAGAAGUUCAAAGCCCGGCCUGGUUCACAGCCCCGGGUCGAGCAAUCUCGCCGGAAGACAAUAUCCCGAGCCCAAGAUUCGAUUCUCAAAAACAUGGUCAAAAUCAUGGAUGUCUGCAAGGGCCAGGGCUUCGUUUACGGCAUCCUGCCGGAGAAAGGCACCCCGUUGACCGGCUCGUCGGAGAGCCUCCGCACCUGGUGGAAGGAUACGGUGGUUUUCGACAAGAACGCUCAUGACACCAUCGCCAAGUUACUGUCGGAGAUAGUUGCCGCAGUAAAUUUGGAUCCGGUGUCCUGUAUGCAUCUGCUGCAGGAACUGCAGGACACAACUCUGGGCUCGAUCCUCUCGUCCUUGCUCCCCCACUGUCUGCCGCCGCAGCGAACUUUUCCGUUGGACAAAGGUGGUGGUGGUGGUGGUGGUGGUGGCGGGGAAGGGCAGGGCAGCAUAGGUUUGGUCUGUGUAGAAAAGGAUGAACGACAGAUCUAG